GACAUUAGACAAAUGAAAUUAAAAUCUAUCUUUAAGAAAAAAAAUCCUUCGAUUAAAAUCAAACGCAACAAGAUAGUCGUUAUAUUUCGGUUCAGUUUUACUUUUAUUUUAUAAUUGUAUCACAUAAAUGGACGUGGAAGUAAAAAAUAGUAAAAAGGAACUGACUCAUACAUUUAAUGUAUAAGCAUUAUUGGCGGUAACACUUCAAAAAUGACCAUAUCUUUCUAUUUCUAUACUAAUAUUAUAAAGAGGAAAGAUUUGAACUUUUGAAUACUUGUAUGUGUUGAAAUAACUCAAAAACUACUAGGCCGAUUUCUCUCACCAUUGAUGAACUAUGUGGAUAGGUAUGCAGUAUCUGUAUAUGCAGAGAUCUAAGAGGACAUAAAAUUCAGGGACAAUCUUAUUAUUUAAAAUGAAUUCAAGUACAUACAAACUUCCAUUGGACAAUGGCUUAAAUUUAACGGAGGUACUUACAACAGGUUCAAUCCUAAAAAUAAAUGAAAUAUAUGAAGAUGUUGAUGAACAAUUAGAACCAGAAAACAAAGAUAGGAACACUUUUGAAUAUUUAGGACAACCGGUUAAGUCAUUUCAAGAACUCAAACUGAAUCCUGUGGAUGAGAAAGGAUUUGUUAAAAAGAGGAUAAUUGAAGAAGGAGGAGGUUUACCUUUAAGUGAUGAAAAUACUGCUUCAAUAGCUUACACCAGCUAUUGGGAGAAUGAAACAGAACCAUUUGACCUUGUUAAAAUUAGUAAACCAUUAGUUGUGGAUCUGAAAGAUAAUAGUUUAUUACCUGGCAUACAAUUAGCAGUCCGUUCUAUGCUUGUUGGAGAACUAUCAUUAUUUCUUCUUUCCCACGAAGUAAUGUAUGGUGAAAUGGGAAUUCCACCAAGGAUCAAACCUAAGGCAGAAUGUAUAUUCUAUAUUAAGUUAAUAAAAAGCAUAAUUACUCCAAAACAAGGACCUAUAAACUUCUCGGAGCCGAAUAUGUUUCCCAGAGUUAACCAUGAAGUUAAUUUACUUUAUAGUUCAGGUGUUACAUUGCAUAAAACUAAAAAUUACAUGGCAGCCGUACAGGUGUUUAGAAAAGGUGUUUCUAUGCUCCAUAAGUGUCGAUUAGUGGAUGAAAAGGAAGAGAAAAUCCAAGAAAAACUACUUAUAAAGUUGUAUGUUAAUCUAGCAAUAUGUUAUAAUAAAUUAAAUAAACCACUUCAAGCAUGUACUGCAUGUAAUGAAUUAAACAGACUUAAUAGUCUGUGGAAUAAUAGUAAGAUGCUAUUUCAAAAUGCGAAAGCACUUCGAAUGAUUGGGCAAUUCAAUGAAGCAGAAAAAAAGUUAAAAAGAGCCUUAAAACUAGUGCCAAACAAUGAAGAAUUGCAAAUGGAAUUGGAACUACUUCUAAAAACUCGAGACUCCUGCAAACAGAUUUCAUUGAUAGGCAGAGAUACUUUAGAACCAGUAAAUGACAACUUUAAGCGAGAAGUGGAUGCUCUAAUAAUAAAUUUUAAGAAUAAUGUAAAUAUAUGCAAGCUUACAUUACCAAGUGGUUUAAAUUCAGAUGAAAAGGCUUACGUAAAAGAUGCCUGCAUCAGAGAAAAUUUAUUUUUUAACGAGAUACAAAAGAAUUACUUUUUAGAUAAAGAUGAAGUAAAUGAGAAGGAAGAUUCAUUGUUAAUUUCUACAGAUAAUCAAUAAAAAUAUGUACA